AUGGCCCAAGUAGCCUCUGAAAGAUUUGGGUGCCGCCAGCCAAUGAGAGUCCCUGUCUGCUUGCUGAUCUCACUGGAAGAAGAAAGAGCACAGAUUAAUGAGCACACCCAGAAAACAGUUCUUUCUGUUAACCUGGUGCUGUCUUUCUCAUUGGAGUUUCCUCCUCUGUUUUCCUGCCCUCGUUAUAUUCUCCACACACACAGCCAGUAUGGAUUUAUCAACACCUGUCUGCAAUCUCUUGUGAUAGAGAAAUUUAGCAAAGAAACCUGGGAGAAAUUGAAAACUUCUGCAGAAGUACAAGAUGCCUUCGUGACCUACACAGUGUAUGAUGACAUCAUCACCAUUAAGCUCAUCCAAGAGGCCUGCAACAUUCUGGGUGUCUCCAUGGAAGCCAUCCUGAAACUCUUUGGAGAAUACUUCUUUCAGUUCUGUAAGAUGUCUGGCUGUGACAGGAUGCUACGGACACCGGGAGGAAAUCUCAUGGAGUUUAUUGAAAACCUGGAUGCCCGCCACAGUUACCUGGCAAUCUCUUAUCAGAAGAUGCAUGCACCAUCGUUUCGUGUGGAGAGAGGAGCAGAUGGAAACAUGUUUCUCCAUUACUACUCAGAUAGAAGUGGUCUGUGCCAAUUGUGUCCUUCUGCUGCAGGUAUCAUUGAGGCUGUGGCCAAAGACUUCUUUGACAUUGAGGUAACCAUGGACAUUCUUGACAUGAAUGAAGAAGUGGAGAGGACAGGGAAGAAGGAGCAUGUUGUAUUUCUGAAGGCUUACAGGAAGAUGAGAAAGGCAAAGUCAAAAAGGCUACAAGACAGUCAGGGCAUCGAGAGAGACCAAGAGGCCCUCCAGGCAGCUUUCCUCAGGAUGAAGAAGAAAUAUUUGAAUGUUUCUGCUUGUCCUGUGAAAAAAUCCCACUGGGAUGUUGUGAGAAGCAUAGUCAUGUUUGGAAAAGGGCAUCUCAUGAAUGCCUUUGAGCCCAUUUAUCCUGAGAGACUCUGGAUUGAAGAGAAGACAUUCUGCAACGCUUUUCCUUUCCACAUUGUAUUUGAUGAAUCACUACAGGUAAAGCAAGCUGGAGUGAUCAUUCAGAAGUACGUGCCAGGACUCCAAACCCAGAAGAUUCAACUGGAUAAGUAUUUCUCCAUCAUUCAUCCUCAAGUUACCUUCAACAUUUUCAGCAUCUGCAAAUUUAUCAACAGUCAAUUUGUCCUGAAGACACGAAGAGAAAUGAUGCCUGUAGCAUGGUAAAGUCAGACCACACUCAAAUUUCGAGGCCAGAUGAUCUGGAUGGAGUCCAUGCGGUGCAUGGUGUACCUGUGCUCUCUGAAGCUCCACAGCCUGUACGAGCUGGAAGACUAUAUGCAUCUUUCUGACAGACCCGAUGACACCACCAGGGAUCUCAUCCUCCUGAACCAGCAACGGCUGGCUAAGAUAGAGUUGUCCAACCAGCUGGAAAUGAAGAAGAAGGAAGAGCUACGGGUCCUCUCCAAGCACUUGGCCACUGAAAAGAACAAAACAGAGACCUUGCUUUAUGCCAUUCUGCCCAAACAUGUGGCCAACCAGUUGAGGGAGGGCAAAAAGGUGUCUGCAGGAGAAUUUAAAAGCUGCACGAUUCUUUUCAGCGAUGUGGUGACAUUUACUGACAUCCGUGCUGCCUGUGAACCUAUACACAUAGUGAACAUGCUGAACUCCAUGUACUCCAAGUCUGACAGAUUAACCAGUGUGCACGCCGUCUAUAAAGUAGAAACAAUAGGAGAUGCAUAUAUGGUGGUAGAAGGAGUACCAGUGCCUACUGGAAGCCAUGCUCAAAGAGUGGCUAAUUUUGCCUUGGGGAUGAGAAUUUCUGCAAAGGAAGUGAUGAAUCCUGUUACUGGAGAACCCAUCCAGAUCAGAGUGGGGAUCCACACUGGACCAGUCUUAGCAGGUGUUGUAGGAGACAAGAUGCCACAGUACUGCUUGUUUGGUGACACUGUGAACACAGCUUCUAGGAUGGAAAGUCAUGGGCUUCCCAACAAAGUGCACCUCAGCCCCACAGCCUACAGUGCCUUAAAAAAUCAAGGGUUUGAAAUCAUUGAGAGGGGUGAAAUCGAAGUGAAAGGUAAAGGGAAAAUGACCACAUACUUUUUGAUCCAGAACUUGAAUGCCACAGAGGACGAGAUCAUGGGGAGAUCUAAAACCCCACUUGAUCACAAGGAAGCAAGUGCUCAGGGAAAUCAAGACAGGAGAACUGUCAUGAGCUAUGCCGACAGUCAGCAGCUGAUCCCCGACAGAGACACAGCAGACGCAGACAGUGAGUACAGCAGGCCUGGUCUAAAAUACUUCCAGCCCUGCGUUGCUCCUAAAGACAAUCGGACACUUCAGAGGUCACUUCGUGGGCACUCAGAAGGGAAGGUCUUAAAACUCUUUAUGCUCCAGGAAGAUGAGUACAUUCAUUUUUCAAACUUCUGCUGGUUGGCAGCAGACAUAGAAUUUAGCAAUGGAGGACUCAUGCCACCUGCUCAUGGGCCCCGCCUCUUCACUGUGGUUCGGGUCCUGGUUCUCAUGGGUUUUCAGGUCCAGAUGUGUCAGUGGAGAGACUCCCCAGUGCAAUUAAACGGGAGUAUUGAGCCGGAGAGAAAUCAGUGUGUGUUGACUCAGAUAUUUAAGCAACCACCUUUCAGUAUUGACUCAGAAAUUGGCCUUCCAGCUGUCCCUGCUGGCAGACUCUUCUGGCAUCUCGUCAGGCCUCUGUUAAUGUGUUUUUCAAAUUUCAACUUGCUUCGACUUGUCUCCUAA